AUGGCAUCCAAAGGAAAUCUCCACACAGAAACAGACAAAACUAAAAAAUACACCUAUCUCGCCGAAACAACUCCCCACCUCGCCACAAUUCUCGGCUUUCCCACUCGCUGCUCAACCUUCCCAGCCUUAUACAACAGCACCUGUACUGAGAUCAUCGAUCUAGCAUGCACAAUCGCAGCCUUUGAGCCCGUGCGCCUCCAUGCGCGCCCAGAAGACCUCUCAAAGGCCCAAAAUCUCAUCUCCAAGCGCCUAGAAUCAAGCUCCAACAAUGAUAGACCUAUCCAAGAAUCGAACAUCACUCUCAUUCCCGUCGCAACAAACCACUGCUGGGUCCGCGAUACAGGACCCGUUUACGUGCGCGGAGCCGAAGAUCCACAACAGCGAUACGCAAUCGACUUCCAAUUCUGCGAAUGGGGGAACAAGAUUGAGGAGCUAUUAUACAACAGCUCAGUCGAUAAAGAAGCAGCACUAGCAGAAGAGGGUGCCGAUUGGCCGAUCAUGGAUUCCACACGACGGGAGGAGAAUACCCUUUUCGCGCGCCGGGCUCUCGAACUCGAGAACCAAGAUGGAAGACAUCCUCCCGUUACCCGGGUUGUAUCGUCAGUCCGUCUAGAGGGUGGUGGUAUUGAGAUGGAUGGCGAAGGAACUUUCAUGGCUGCUGCGAGUAGCGUGUUGGUUUCCUCGCGGAAUGAAGGUCUCUCGCAAGAAGAUAUCGAGACUGAGUUGGCUCGGUUAUUGGGGAUUAAGAAGUUUAUCUGGAUUCCUGGACGGGAGGGGUUGGAUAUUACGGAUUGUCAUAUCGAUGCAGAGGCACGAUUUGUGAGACCUGGUGUAGUGGUUGUUUGUAAGCCUCACGCGAAAUGUGAGCCUGUUUACUGGGAUAUCUAUCGUGAGGCGAGGGAGAUUCUGGAUGCUGCUACUGAUGCGCAGGGACGGAGACUUCAGGUACAUGAUAUUGAGGAGCCCGAUCCGGAGCUUGUGAAGGGGAAUGUUGCCGGAGAGGAGGAUGGGCCGGCGGCAUCUUAUGUGAAUUUCUACUUUGUGAAUGGAGGCUUGGUGAUUCCUGCGUUUGGAGAUCUCGAGGCGGAUCGGAAGGCCUUAGAGAUGAUGAAGAGCCUUGUCCCUGAGCGGGAAGUCAGGCAAGUGGCCGUUAAUGCUUUGCCGAGAACUGGAGGUGUGUUGCACUGUACGACACAGCAGGUGUUGUGA